AUGAUUGAGACGAAUAAAUAUUUUAGACUAACGCAUCUGCAAGAAGAGCAGAAAAAAGUGUACAACCGGAUAGUAAGCCUGCUAAACCAUUGGAGCAGCAAAAACACAUCGGGUACGUACGAAGAAGUGGCUAAAACAUACUUCACCAAUAUUCUCUAUGUUGUGUUCAUAGUCUCCUCGUUUGAGUUUCUUCUGAAGUUUAUUGUAGGACUGCUGUACAAAACAAAGUGCAAAAUACAAAAGAAUAGAAUCGUGUACGAAAAAAAAGUCACUGCUAUUCAGAUCCUGCUUGGGCUGGUUAUUCAGCUGCUAGUAAAUGGCCUUAUGACUUUGGGCUUGUUUGCGAACAUAUAUUUCCCUCUAUACAAAGAGCUGUCCGAAUCCUCCAAUAAUUACAGCUUUUUCUCGACAUGUUUUUUGAUCCUCUGCGGCCUUUCUCCUCUUCUUGUCUUUCUAGCCAACAAAAUAGUAAACUUUUUACUGCUCCCGCUAACUACGAUAGUAUGGUCAGUUGCUGUUCUGUACUUCUUGGCGCUCGCCACGGUGCUCUAUACGGCAAUAAUCGAAAUUCCAAGUGUAUGUAUGUGUCUAUUAGACAGCUUUAAUUUUUGGAGAAGCACAUCUGCCCAAGGGUAUGAGCCCAUUCUUAUCCUAAACGGGAUAUACUGCAUGGUAAUGCUAGUGUUGUCUUCACUUCUGAUAACUCACGCAUUGAUUUUCAUACCUUCAUCUAUAAAAAAGUACAGAAUAAAAAAGCGCCCCAUAGAAAAUAGAAAAGUCCAGUUAGUCCAACCAUAA